CUCCGGCCAGGAGGGGGCCGAGGGAUGAGCCAGCGGGGGAGGCUGACAUCACCAUGGCACCAGCCCUUUAAACCCCUCACCCAGCCAGCGCCCCGUCCUGUCUGUCCAACCCCGGACACAGAGACCUCACUCCUUCCUGAGUGUCCUGAAGACUCCCUCUCUUGCCCAUCAUGGCCAACAAAGGUCCUGCCUAUGGCAUGAGCCGCGAAGUGCAAUCCAAAAUUGAGAAGAAGUACGAUGAGGAGCUGGAGGAACGGUUGGUGGAGUGGAUCAUAGUGCAGUGUGGCUCUGAUGUGGGUCGUCCAGACCGCGGGCGCCUGGGCUUCCAGGUCUGGCUGAAGAAUGGUGUGAUCCUGAGCAAGCUGGUGAACAGCCUAUAUCCUGACGGCUCCAAGCCAGUGAAGGUGCCUGAGAACCCACCAUCCAUGGUCUUCAAGCAGAUGGAGCAGGUGGCUCAGUUCCUGAAGGCAGCUGAGGGCUACGGGGUCACCAAGACUGACAUGUUCCAGACUGUUGACCUCUUUGAAGGCAAAGACCUGGCAGCAGUGCAGAGGACCCUGAUGGCUUUGGGCAGCCUGGCAGUGACCAAGAACGAUGGGCACUACCGUGGAGAUCCCAACUGGUUUAUGAAGAAAGCCCAGGAGCAUAAGAGGGAAUUCACGGAUAGCCAGCUGCAAGAGGGAAAGCAUGUCAUUGGCCUACAGAUGGGCACCAACAGAGGGGCCUCCCAGGCCGGCAUGACAGGCUAUGGACGACCUCGGCAGAUCAUCAGUUAGGAGGUGGAGGGCCAGGCCUGAGCCCCUUCCCCAGCUCAUCGGCUAUAGCCAUCCCGCCUAGCCUGCCUCACCGACACCCGUGGAGUUCCCUCAGCCUUGGCCAAGCUUUGAGGCUCUGUCACUGAGCAAAGGUGACUGCACAUGGGCAGCUCUCCCCCACCUCUCAGCCUCAGCCCAACUUCUUCCCCCAAAGCACCACCCCCUUGAACCCCACCCCCCACCUUUACCAUCUCUCCCCACCCUGGGCUAAGCUGGGGGGAAGCGGGCUUGGGGUAGCAUGGGUCUGGGGCAAGUCCACUGUCCGUGGCAGCAGAUGUCCAUUGAAGGAGACCCAGCCUGACCUCCCCCCACUUUUUGCUGGAAAAAUUUUGGGGUCGAAAUUCAAAAAGGAAAAAAAAUAUACAUCAAUCUUUUCUCAGG